GGACGACAGCGGUGUCAGGUCCCAAACGCAGCGAUGCUUCCACGGAUGGAUGAUGUCAUGCGUCUGUGCUGUGACAUAUCGGCUCAGCAGCAUAUCAAGGUUGCAGUAAGAAACUGUACCAGAGGAGCGAUGGUGGCAGGAGGAGCUGCAUUUGUCGGCGGCAUGUUUGCAGGUCCUCCAGGGAUCGCUUUAGGUGGUGCUGUUGGCGGCCUGUUGGGAAGCUGGCUGACCAGCGGUCAGUUCAAACCUCUGCCUCAGGUCCUGAUGGAGCUUCCUCCUGCUCAGCAGCAGCACCUGUACGAUGGUGUGAUGGCCGUCCUGGGCAGCUUGGACUGGACGGACGUGGCCCAGCUUGUUGCCCUGGUGAUGGGGAACGCCACCCUGCAGCAGCAGGUGACGGCAGCACUGCUGAACUACGUCACCAAGGAACUGAGAGCAGAGGUACAGUACGGAGACUGAGGGGACUCCUUUCUGGAUGGACAACAUCUUCUGUCCGGCAGCGACACCGACAGCCCACCAGAGCGCCGACAAUCUGUUUUGUUUUUU